AUGUUUUAAGAGAUAUAAUUGAAUUAUUUUAAAGUACCAAGUGCAAAAAGUGAAUAAACAUAAUUAUUAGCAGUAUUGGAUUGUUCAGGAUCUAUGAGUAGUUGUAAGAUGUUAAUUUAAAUAUUAGAAUGGCAAUAUGUAGCUAAAUAUUAUAAUGAAAUAAGAAAGAAUGUAAAAUAACAUUGUGCUAUUACAUUCGAUACUAAAGUUAAAACGAUUGCUUAAGCUGAUCUAUCUUAUAAUAUUAAUACUUAUGGUGGUGGAGGAACAGAUAUAACAAUAGCUUUUUCAGAGUUAAAUAAAUUAUUAUAUUCUUUAAAAUAAAAAAAAAAUGUAACAGUAUUGUUUGUAUCUGAUGGACAGGGAAGUUUUACAAAAGAUUUAAUAAAUAAAUCAAGACCAGAAAUAUAAAAUUUAAAUUUUAUAUGUAUAGGAGUUGGUAAAGGUUUUCCAACAUUUAUAGCAAUGGAUUUAAGAGAAAUGUAUCAUAAUGGAGAUCGUUCAAUUCCUUCAUUAUUUUUGGUUAAUACAACAUAAGGAAACUAAGAUAAAAAUUUUGAAAUAGAAAUGUUAACAGCAGCAUAAUAUAUGAAACAUUAAACUCCAAUAAAAAGUAAUCCAUGUUAUUAAUUUCCUUGGGAUUAAAUGACAGAUACAAUUUGGCCUGAUUCUUGGGUAUCAUUCUAUACAGAUGAAUUAGAAACAGAAAAAGGAAAAUUAUAAAAAAUAGAAGUAACAGGGGAAUAAAUUGGAUAAAUUGCAGCAUAUUGGUUAUAAAAUUUAUAAUUACUAUCUCUUAAGAAAAAAGUAUCUUAAGAAGCAUAAAAAGCAUUAGAAGAAAUUAAUAAAUUUAUUAAAAAAAAGAAAUUGACAUUUUUAGAAAGAACAUAAGAAUAAAAAUCAGCACUUUAUGAAAUUAUUUAAGAACUUAAAUUUUUGGCUUCUUCUUAAACUUUAUAAGAGUUAGAUUAAGAAGCAGCAGCAUAAAGAUUAAAAAUAGGAACCUCUAUUGGAAAAUAUCACAAUAGAGCUUUGAAAUUUGCAGGUGUAUCUGUAGAAGCAUUUUAAACAUAUAAAGAUGAAUUUAUAGAAAUGAUUGAAAAAACUAAGUUUGUUAACUAUAAUUUCCCUGCAUCAAUUUUAUCUUUAUAAAAUUAAAUUGAUAUUUUAACAGAUCCUGAAUUAAUUUAAGGAUUGAAGAACUGUGAAACUUAAUAUCAUUUAGUAUCAUCAUUACCUAUUAUUGGUUAUGCAAUAUAUGUAAAACGAUCAGAUUAGUCAAAAAUUAAUCCAUAUUCAGUUGAAGUAUUAAAUAUUGCUAGAAUUAAUAAAUAUAUUGAUUCUUUAGCAAUUAUUGAUUCUCCAAAUCAUGAAAUUGAAUUUAAUAUUGGAGAUAAUGAUAAAGAGAAGUUUAAUUGUUUAUUACCAUUAUAUUAACAUGAAAUUAUUGCACCUUUCCUAAGAUCUAAUGUAUUUUAUAUUUAAAUGACUUUUGUAUUAAUGGAAAAUGCAGAUACAUGUUUUGAAAAUGCAUAUGCAGCAUUAUUAGGAAAUACAUUAUUAUAUAUGAUUUGUUAAGAAGAAAAUCAAUGGAAAUAUGAAAUGAUUGAAUUAAUUAAUUCAAGUUUUAUAUUAUCUUAUUCAUAAUCAGUUAAAGCAUAGUUUCAUUUAGAAAAAUUAUUAGCAGAUCCAAUUGGAACUAUGGCUGAUGAAAAUUUAGAAACUAAAACAUAAUGUGAAGAUUUAUCAAAAACUAUAUUAAUGUUAAAUUAGAUUAAAAAUAAUUUUAAUUAAGAUUAGUUUAAAAUUAUAAUUCAACGUCUUAUUAUUGAAGCUAUAUGUAGAAUUGUUAGAUAUGAAAAAUUAUUCAAAAAAGUUAUGGAAAUAGAUAUUCAAAAAAAUGAAAUUAUUAAUUUAAUCAAAGAUUAAUUUUCUUAAGAAGAAUUAGAUAAUAUUCAAAAUUUUGAAAAUCUAAAAUUAGAAAUUGCCAAUAAAAUUAAAAAUCUUAAUGUUAAUUUCAAUAAUUUUGUAUCUAAAAUGGAAUUCAAUAAACCAUUAUUUGAAUAAUUAUUAAAUGGACAGAAAUUCAAAAUUAAGACAUUAUAAUCAGUUUUUAGAUAUUUUUUAAAUGAAGAAUUACCUGAAGAUUUAUUUAUUAUAGCAGCAUAUCAUUCAAGAAUAGAAAAAUCUUAUGAAAGAACAAAAAAAGAAGUUGAAUGGAAUGUUGAUAAUAUCCUUAAUAACUUACUUAUUGAAUAAUAAAUAAAAGAAAUUGAAGCUGAAAUAUUUUAAAGUGUAUAUAACUCAUUAAGAAAUAAAUGCAAAUAUUUAUAGGGCAAUUAGAAUAAAAAUAAAUAAAAAAUGCCAAAAAAUUCAAAUGGAAACUAAAGAAUGACAAGAGUAGAAAGAAGAAGAAUAAGGAAACAAAAAUUAAGAGAAUAAAAGCUUUUACAAUAAUAAUAACCAUUAUAGUAGUAAUAAAUACCAUGA